AUGCCACCUGCACGGGGACGAAAUGUCGAUGAUUCGAGAUCCGAGACCUCAAGCACCAUUACGAAUCUGAAAGACAGGUCCGCUCUAGGACCAACCAGUGGCUCAGGCGUUUCAAAGGGAAAGCGAUUUGCCUCAGGACUCAACGUCCCCAACGCCGGGAGCAAAGCCGCGGUGAAUGGAAACGGCACCACUGCUGCCCCUGCUUCAGCCGUACCAGCGGAAGGGGACAAAGACCCAAACCUCCCUCGGACUGAAUGGAAAACAAUGUCCGUGCCCAUUCUCCGCUCCUACCGCAUUGCCCACCGUCUCCAUGUCCCCGCGGCGUUUCACUACCCCCAUGCCGAUAUCACCUAUCAAUCGUGCGAGGCUGCGCUGCGCGCUCCAUCAGCGGUUCAGUACAGACGAAAACAGCACGACCAACAACUUCAGCGACGAAAACAACGCCUGUCGCAGCAAACAAACGGUAGCGGCAAAGACAAUAAAUCCAAGGAGAGAGACAAAGAAAAGGGCAAAUCAAAAGAGAUGGGCAACACAGACAAACGCUCAAGUACAACUCACUCCAUGACACAACCGGGUGACCAUCCUGAAGUCACCCCAAGUCAAAGCCAAGGCCAUCGCACCACCCUAUCUCCGUCGUCCCCUUCCUCCACCACGACGAACCUCGGUCCUCGUGAGCCACCCUCGCAUCUCGCCAGCGCUGUGCGCAAACAUUUCAACGCGCAACAACUAAGCGAGGCCGAUACGAUAGCCCGCUUUAUCUACGUCGUGCAGCAGAACGGAAGGCAAGUGAGGACAGAAGGAUCUGAAGGCGACGGGUCGGGGUAUUGGAUGGGUAGUCAAGGAAGGGCCGCGAGACGAAAUGACGUCCCAGGUGGAGAUGUCGGGUUCCGACUCAGGUUCAGACCAUAA